CGGCGGGGCCCGCGGGGGGAAGCGGUUUCCACCCGGACGCUUUAGUGCGGCGGGACCAUGGCGGCUGCCGCGGCCUGAGCGGAGCGCGGUGCCGGCGGGGCGCGGGCCCGCCAUGUUCUCCAGGGCGUUCCGGGUGAGAUCCAACACCGCCAUCAAGGGGUCCGAUCGGAGAAAACUACGAGCUGAUGUUGCAGCAGCUUUUCCUAACCUUAGUGCUGAACAAUUGGCUGAGUUUAUUUCAAACAAGGAAGAGCUUAAUGUCAUCAAAAUAUACUGUCACAAAGGGGAGGCCGUCACUGUUUACAUGAAUAACAAGAACCCAGUACUGUUUGAAAUCGAGAAAGCUCUGUAUCCAACAGUGUACACCCUGUGGGUCUACCCAGAUCUUCUCCCUGCUUUCUGGACAUGGCCCCCUGUGCUACAGAAACUAGCAGGAGGAGCAGAUCUGAUGCUGCCAGGAGUGGUAGUGCCACCUUCUGGCUUUCCUCAGGUAGAGCGGGGCACGCUCUGUGCUGUCACUCUUUUGGGAAACAGAGCUCCAGUAGCAGUUGGAGUUGCCACUAUGUCCACUGCAGAGAUGCUGGCUGCUGGAAUGAAAGGGAAGGGCUUUGCUGUCUUGCACACUUACAUGGAUCACCUCUGGGAAUAUGGUGACAAAUCUAAUCCUCCUACCUUAGCUCCCUUGGUAACAGAUUCUGCUGGAAAGGAGAAUGCUGAAGAUGAAGAGAUGGAGGGGAAAGAGCCUGUCAUCAGCCUGUCCACUGAUCCAUUGCAGCAGAUGAAUGUUGGUGAUUUGAGCCUGCAGGAGCGAGACAGUUGUGCAAUACUGAUGGGAAAGGAGGAGCUCGAGGAGAACAGGGCUGCAGAAACAGCUGAAGAUGCCAGUACAGAGGGCCUGCAGGAACCUGAAGACAGUAGGACUCCACAAGAGCAAAUGGAUGCAUUAUUUAAUCAGUGCUUUUUCCAUGCCUUAAAAUGCAAAGUAAAGAAGUCAGAUCUUCCUCUGCUCACCAGCACAUUUCUACGCAGCCAUAUGUUCUCAUGCUGCCCUGCUGGACAACAAUUGGACAUAAAGAAAUCAAGCUAUAAGAAGUUCUCUAAAUUCCUGCAAUAUAUGCAGCACCAGAAGAUCUUACAAGUGAAGGAGCUGAACAAAGGUGUCGAGAGCAUCGUGGAAGUGGACUGGAAACAUCCAGAUGUUAAAGCAUUUGCAGUACCUGAAGGAUUUUCUUCUGCCUCUGCUGCUCAUGACAGCAAGAGUGAAGACAGAGAACAAGCAUACCGUGCUCCUGAAAUCAUUCCACUUUACGGGGUAUCAACAAAAAUGAUCCCACUCUUUCAGGAAUCUGGACACAAAAAAGGCAGCAGCCUCUCAAGCAGUGAGGUGAGAAACAUCAUUAUUAACUACGUGAAGGCUAAUGAGUUGGUGGAUGAAACAAACAAAAACCUUGUAAAGGUGAAUGCCAUUCUGUGUGACUGCCUGUUAGAUAAAUCGGAACAAGAUGAAAUCUCACACCUUAAAUGGGAUGACCUCUUGAGCAGGUGCCUUGAACGACUGCAGCCCUUGCACCAGGUGACAUUUUUUGGACAAGAACCUGUUGUGAGGAAAGGAAACAUUGAGCCCAUUGACGUAACCAUAGCACAGAGGUCAUCAAAUAAGAAGGUGACAAUUAUCAAGAACCUUGAGCUGUAUGGACUAGACCCACAGUGUGUGGCCAACAUUCUGCAGCAGAAAGUACAAGCCAGUGCCACCAUCACCCCAAUACCAGGAACAAAAGACAGAGUUCAGGUCCAGAUCCAAGGCAACCAAAUCCAUCAUCUGGCCAAGAUGCUGCUAGAAGAAUACCAGCUACCUCGGAAAUACAUUCGAGGCCUCGAGAAGGCUCCAAAGCUUGGCCGGAAGAAGUAAGAGGGAAAAUCUACUGUAAGAAUUACUCAGAUCUCAUUAUUUAUACAAGUGUUCUGCCAACAAAUCCAGGCUAAUGGAGGGGCCCUCAUCAUUCAGAAACGAGUGCUGGAGGUUUACAAGGUCUGAGAUUCACCCCAAUAUUAAUAACUGCUCCAACUGUUCAUUUUUCAUAAAAUAAAAGACUGAAUAAAC